CUAGCUCAGCGAGACAAUCUUGAAGCAUUAGGCAACGUCCUACUGUAUCUUUUGUAUGGACGUCUGCCUUGGCAAGGCAUCUACGCACCAAACAAAGAGGCCAAGCUACUUCGAAUUGGCGAGAUGAAAGCUGGUUCAGCAUUCCGUGACCUGCUUGCACGCUCACCUGCGGAAUUCACAACGUACUUUGACCACUGCCGUGAUUUGAAGUUCGAAGAUAAGCCGAACUAUGCGUUGUUGAGACAGUUGUUUAGCCAGAUAAUGGACAGAGAAGGUGGCACGGGAGAUAUCAGGUUUGACCAGGUGGAUGACAGUUCCCGCAAAGGUAUACUGGUGCCUGAGGAGUAUAACCUGGAUGUC